AUGGCAGAUCAAGAAGAAUUUAUUGAACAAGAUGAAAUCGUUGAAGAACAUGUACUUUAUGAGCAGGAUAACGGUCCAAUUCCAAUGGAUGAUGAUGAUGAUGACAAUGAUGAAACUGGGGAGGAAAUAAGUAUAAAUGAAACAAGCAAUGAUGGAACAGUCGAAUUAGUAGAUGACUCUGUGCAAGGGUUCUUCGGUCAUAAAG